AUGCCCGUCCACGACUCUCACAGCGGUGCGGGUACCGCCUCCCGCCGACUCCGCGGGCCUUUGCCAGCGGCUUCCGCAUUCCAUUUGACUCCCCGUCGCCUGCUGCUCCUUUCCACCGCCUUAUUCGGACUUCUCGCACUCCUGCGCUUCUCCCCGCACUCCGCGCUUGACAUCCGGCUGCGGUAUCGCGCUCCGCAAGAGCAGAACUCCUCCCCUUCUCAUAUCGCGCAGAAUUUAAGAGACAAUGCUCGACAUACGCCAUUGUUGGAGGCGGAUACAUCCGCGGAAGGGCUGCGCGGAUCCGCGGGUUACGCGGUGAAUCUCGGCUACGCACGAGGCGAUUCGAGGGAAGGCAACAGCCGCAAAGGGUGGCGGAAACUAAGGCGAGAACUGUUAUAUGUGGAGUGGCGCGCGCGCGUUGAUGCGCUUUCCGCGGAGCGGGCGGAGAAUGGGCCGUGGUGGGCGCGGGCGGAGUGGAGUUGGGCGGAGAAGGGGGAAGCGGAAGAGAGUGGGGAAGAGUGGAAAAUGGAGGAGGAGCAGUGGGUGCGGGAAGAGAGAGAGGGAAAAUUACAGGAUAUGCCGACUGGAGGUAAUGAGGGAGGGAGUGAGGGAGGGAAUGAGGGAGGGAAUGAGGGAGUGAGUGAGAAUGAGGGAAGUGAUGAUGCAUUACUGCUCGCGCCAGGAGCUGCAAUGGCUGAGUCAGCAGAUCAGAAUGAUGAGUCAGCAGAUUACAGAUACGAGUCAGCAGAUGACAGGGAUGAGUCAGCAGGUGACAGGCAUGAGUCAGCAGAUAACAGUGUACUAGGGAGUUCAGAUACUGAUGGGAGAGUGGCUGUGGGAAAGGGGGGGUUGAGAGAAGCGGAGGAGGGAAACGAUUACGAUGAUGACGGGGAGUGGGUCGAGGAGGAGAAUGAGGGGGCAGGGGAGGAUGAUGAGGAUGAAGAGCGUGAGGAGGGUGAGGAGGGUGAGGAGAGUGAGGAGGAUGAGGAGGAUGAGGAGGAUGAGGAGGGUGAGGAAGAUGAGGAGGGAGAUGGGGGAGAUGGGGGGCCAGGAGGGGGGAGUCAACCGAGUCAACUGAGUCAACCGAGUCAGCAGGCACCAGCGCCUGUUGCUGCUGCAGGCGAGUCUGUUGAAGCAGCAGCGGGAGGAGCAUCGGAUGUACCCUUUCCUGACGUGACUGAAACCCCGCCACCGAGAGCAUCAGAUGCGCCUUCACGCGAGGUGACUGAAACGGGGGAUGCUGCAGAUGUGCCCUUUCCCAAGUCCCCUCGCACAGUGCCACGGGGAGGGUUGGAUGUGUGGCGCUCACCUGAGGGGCCUAAAACGGGGCUAGCGGGAGGGUCGCAUGAGCGCUCACUUGAGGGGAAUCAAGCACGGGGAGGCUCGCAUGGGGUGCCGAGCUGGGCGGUGAUGGUGACGCAGCGGGAGAAGUGGGAGGAGGAGGCGGAGCGGGAGGAGGCGCGGGAGAGGGACGUGGAUGAUGCACGUGUGGCGCUGGCACCGCUGCUGGCGGCGAUGCAGGGUGAGAGGACGAUGAGGGAGGAGAAGUUUGGUGCUGCUGCCCCUGGUGCGAGCGUGGAUAUUUAUGCUGGCGAUACAGUGCUGCGUGAUGGACUUGUGCAUGCUAACGAUGCAGCCAGUAUCGAGGAUAGGGAUGGGGAUGGUCAAGGGGAGAAGAGUGGGGGGAGGGAAGGGGUGAGAACGAAUGGAGAGGGGGGUGCGGAGGUGAGGGGCGGAGGGAAAGGUGAGGAGGUGAGGCGGAGAGAGAAGGGUGACGAGACGGCGAGAGGAGAGGUGGUUAUAUCUGAUGGCAGAAGGGUGAGAGGACAGCGCAUGAAGGUUCGACCCAGGUGGGUGCGGUCAGAUAAGGGCGCGUUGGGGAGGCAAAAGAGGUUCGGUGGCAAGGAGUGGAGAGGGGCGGGGCAGGGUGGGAGGAGGGAGGAUACAGGGGAAGGAAGGAGGGGGAUGAAGGGGGAGAAGGAAGGGUUAGGGGAGAAGGAGAGGGAGAUGGAUAGAGACGGUGAAAGGGGCAGAACGGGGCGGCUGUUGAGGGGUUUGGAUGUGGGCGCGGAGGGAAGUGGGGAGGCGGGUGGUGGGAGGGAAUGGGAUGGGGAGGAUGGAAGGGGAGAAAGGACUGAUCAAAGCAGAGGAAGAACAGUGGGUGCGAGUGAGGGAGUGAGUGAGGGAGUGGGCGAGGGAGUGAACACAGGAAUGAGUGAGGGAGGGAGCGAGGGAAGAGAGGGAGUGGGAGGGGAAGAGGGAGCAAGAGGGGGAGAGGGAAUAAGCAAGAGAGCAGAGGAGGCGAGAGGAGAGGAGGUGAGAGGAGAGGAGGUGAGUGAGGAGGAGUUAAGGCGGCGAGUGGGGCUCCUGGUGUGGCCCAUGCCGGCACUCAUUGCUGCUGUGGGGCGUCAAGAGGCGGCCAUCAGUCCCUUGCUGCAGCUGUCGCUGGUGCUGGGGGAAAGGGGUGCAGGGAUGGGAGAUAAGGAGGAGGGAGAGGAGGGGGAGGAGGGGGGUUGUGAGUGGGGCAACGGGGAGGGUGGUGAGGUGGGCGGUGAAUAUGGUGGCUCUUCACGUGUGCGGCAGCAAGAUGCAGCACAGGUGGCGUCACAGGAGGCUUCAAGGGAAGCAGCAGGGCGGGCAGCAGGGGGGGCAAGGAGACGUGCAUCACAGCAGGCAGCAGGCCGUGCGGUGCUGUGUGCUGCCUUCCACCACUUUCUCUCCUCCACCCUCUCCCCACACCGCUCCCUGCCCGCCCUCCUGGCUGCGCUUGAGGAAAGGGGAGGUGGAGAAGGAGGAGGAGAGGAGGGAGGAAAAGGGCAAGGGGAGAAAAGUGCAUGGCAGCAGCCAGAGGAGGGGUCACUGAUGUUUCGUGCGAGCGGCAAACUGUUGUCCGAUUCCCCAGGCUCAUCACUGCUCGCCAGGUGUCACGUGCUGGUUGGACGGCUGGGUCAUGGGCCUGUCUCGUGGUGGCUGAGACAGGUGGUGCUGUCCACGUGGCAGCUGUUCACUGGCUGGGAGGACAGGCUGUUGAGAGAGCAAGGGGAGGAGACCAGGGGGAGGAGCAUGCUGGAGGUGGGGGCAGACGAGAGCUAUGUGCUGACUGUGGGGGUCCCUGCUGCACCGGGCCAUUUGCCAGGACUGGAGGUGGGGGCAGACGAGAGCUAUGUGCUGACUGUGGGGGUCCCUGCUGCACCGGGCCAUUUGCCAGGACUGGAGGUGGGGGCAGACGAGAGCUAUGUGCUGACUGUGGGGGUCCCUGCUGCACCGGGCCAUUUGCCAGGACUGGAGGUGGGGGCAGACGAGAGCUAUGUGCUGACUGUGGGGGUCCCUGCUGCACCGGGCCAUUUGCCAGGACUGGAGGUGGGGGCAGACGAGAGCUAUGUGCUGACUGUGGGGGUCCCUGCUGCACCGGGCCAUUUGCCAGGACUGGAGGUGGGGGCAGACGAGAGCUAUGUGCUCACUGCGGGGGUCCCUGCUGCACCGGGCCAUUCGUCGUCAGCAGCAAUGAUCAAAAUCCACGCUAACACAACAGUGGGCGCACUCAGAGCACUGGAGACGUUGAGUCAGCUGGUGCGUGGGGACCCCUCUUCCCGUCUGGCUCUGCUGCAAGGCGUGCCUCUCACCAUCCACGACCGCCCGCGCUUCCCCCACCGAGGGGUGCUGCUGGGUGAGAGAGUGGUGGUGCUGGGUGGGAGAGCGGUGCUGCUGGGUGGGAGAGUGGUGCUGCUGGGUGGAAAAGCGGUGGUGCUGAGUGAGAGAGCGGUGCUGGUGGGUGUGAAGUCACUUGUUGAGGCAAGUCAAUCUGGACUUCAUGCCUCCCUCUCUCACCUCACCCCCCUCUCACCCCCCUCUCACCCCCCUCUCACCCCCCUCUCACCCCAUUUCCCUCUGUUCCCACCACCCUCUGUUCCCACCAUCCUCUGUUCUCUCUGCCUUGCCACAGACACGGCAAGGCACUUCCACCCCGUCCCCUUUAUAGAGCGACUCUUGGACUCGAUGUCGUAUGCCAAACUCAACGUGCUGUAA